AUGCUGGAAGCAUGUGAGUUUCCAGUCGUCGCUGAGGCCAAAGACUGCGCCAACGCCCCUGUCGUCCCGGCGGCGGAUGCGUCGAGCGCCGGUCGAUGGAUAGCGAUCAGCCACGUGUGGGCACAUGGGUUGGGAAACCCGGAGGCCAAUGCCAUUCUCAGGUGCAGGUACAACUGGCUCAUGUCGCAAGCACAUCGCAUAUCAAGCGCAGCGGACUAUCCCAUAUGGCUGGACACACUCUGUGUUCCUGUAGGUGAGCGGUACAUUAAGCACCGGGAGAUGGCAAUCAACCAGAUGCGUCGAGUGUACGAAGAUGCGGCGUUCGUGCUCGUCUUAGACAGCAGGCUGCUGUCCAUCAGUGGUGUCAAUAUUGUCACCUGCCAGCUCGAAUUGCUGAUGUGCGAUUGGAUGCAAAGGCUCUGGACGUUGCAGGAAGGUGCUCUUCCAAUGCCCGAGAAAGUCGUUGUUGCAUUCAAAGAUUGUUUGCUGACGCUCGAACAACUCACAACUUGCCAGCAUCUUCGAGAGUACACCCGCAUCAAUCUAGAAGCACGACUCGCCGAGGCCCUUCAGCGGGAAUUCCAGUUUCAGGACCUGGUCGUUCAGAAGGAGUCGGAGGACAAGCGACGGGAUGCCAACGAAAGCCGUAUGAUGGCCCUUGUUCAAUCGAUGAGCCAUCGCAGUACCAGCCAGUUAAGAGACGAGGCCAUAGUCUUCGCCAACCUGUUGGGCUUCCAUUUUGGGCUGCGCUCACACAUGCCAACCAUGGAAACUAUCUAUAACUCAUUGACUGCACUUCCAGGUGAAAUCAUCUUCAGGCCCGGCUCGCGUUCUCCAAUUCCACACUUACGCAGUUUGCCUUCAUCAUUCCUAGCACAGAACCAGGAUCGCAUGAUCGAGGCUGCAGGGUCAACAGAAAGCAAACGCACUCGAUGGGCUCGUGUGACAGACCAUGGUGUUGUUCUGAAAAGGCCCAGCCUAAAAUUGCAAGUCCCUCAACAGAUAACCCUCGAAAAUCAGAUCAUUGUCAUGUGCGAGGGUCACUCGCUAUGCGUAGUACCCACCUCGAAGACACUCCAUGAACCUGGUUCAUCCCUUCCGGUCACAGAUAUCAUGAUAAAUCGGUUGGUGUACCUUAGGGUUCCGCAAGCGCAGAAUCAAGACUUUGACGCCGUUCUGGUGAAUAUCCACGGAAAUCAUGACGAGGAGCUUGAUGCGAGAUUUAUUGGCACCGCAGUCAUGAAGCGAGUCGUUGGCGAAGGAGCAAACCCGUCAUCGCCUUUGUCUCUCCUGCUCUCCGUCAUCACCAUUGCCUUCGUCCGCCGUGGCAUGCUGGCCAUCUCGGCACGACGAGGCCAAUGCCUUUGCUGUUCGUUUCGAGCCCAGCUUGCGGCCCUCUCAAGGCAACUCCAAGAAGGAAGACGCGACUACACUAGCACUACUCCUCUAUGGCGGGAACCAUUGAAUUCAGUGCGCCGCAGGAGCGAGCCGUCCAGGCAUGCGAAAUCAUCGGCGACCCCGAAUCGAAGACCUGGCAGGCUAUCGAUCAGGCUAUUCCCGGAAGCCAUCUCAAAUCGAGUCCGCGUUUGUCUAGAAAGUCUCAAGAAGCGCCUUGCGUCUACGAAAGCUGACAGCGACUCGCACUUGGACCAGCUCGCCGCCCUUGAUCCGGACCGGAUAUAUUGGGACGGUUUUAAAAGGAGGGUUGAAGGAAUCGUGGCUGGCUCCGAUGAAACCAAAACAGCCGAGGAUGACAGAUUGUUGGCAGAGAUCGGGCGCACCCAGAAUUCUCCUGAGUGGCGUGCCGAGCUCGAAAGGGCCCUCCAUUACGGGUUCAUCGAUUUUGUCCUGCUGCAAAAAGCGCAACGAGAUUCGGGAGACAUGUCGGUCAGGCCGGAUCUGCGGUACCCGACUGAAUGGUACACUGCUGCUCGUCAGAUUCAGAGGGAUGUCCACCUUCAUAUCGGCCCGACGAAUUCGGGAAAGACAUAUAAUGCACUCAAGAGACUUGAGGAGAGUGGUUCUGGGUUUUACGCCGGGCCACUGAGACUGCUCGCGCACGAGGUUUUUUCGAGGUUCAAGGCGAAAGGGCUGUCGUGCGAUCUGGUGACCGGAGACGAUGUCCGGAUUGAUGAUGAUCCCAACGUCACGCUGUCAGCCUCGACUGUGGAAAUGGUCGAUGUCACCACGCCGGUUGAGGUGGCGGUCAUUGAUGAAGUCCAAAUGAUGGCCUCGGAAGACCGUGGAUGGGCGUGGACUCGAGCGUUCCUCGGUGCGAACGCUAAAGAAGUCCAUCUUUGUGGAGAAGCCCGCGUCCUUCCAUUAAUCCGCGAACUGACCGCUUCGACCGGCGAUAGCUUACAUGUACACGAGUACAAGCGCCUGAAUCCGUUGAAGGUGAUGUCGAAGAGUUUGGGGGGGAACCUCAAAAACCUUCGAAAGGGCGACUGCAUCGUAACAUUUUCCGUCUUCAGCUUGCACGCCAUGAAAAAACAAAUCGAACUGGACACGGGCCGUCGAUGUGCCAUUGUGUAUGGAAGCCUGCCUCCAGAGACUCGGGCACAGCAAGCUGCACUAUUCAACGACCCUGACAACGACUAUGACUUUUUAGUUGCCAGCGAUGCUAUCGGAAUGGGGUUGAACUUAAGCGUUAAGCGAAUCAUCUUCCAUGGAGUUGUGAAAUACAACGGUUCCUACACGGAACAGCUGACCGUUCCCCAAAUCAAACAAAUUGGUGGCCGAGCAGGAAGAUACCGAAGCUCACAUCAAGCCAUGAACAAUUCUGAGAAGUCCGAUAGCUCCACAGAAGUCAACGUGGGUCUCGUCACCACCCUGAACGACGAGGAUCUCCCUAUCGUCCGAGAUGCCAUGAGCGCCGAGGAUCCUCCGAUCAGACUCGCAGGUCUUCUACCUCCUGGAGACUUCAUGGAGGAUAUGGCAACCAGAUUGCCCAAGGGAAUUCCAUUUGAGUAUAUUCUGAGGCGCCUUUGUCAAUCAGCGUCUAUCCAUCGUCGAUUCAAACUAUGCAAUAUCCGCGACCAGAGUCGAAUUGCCCACAUCAUUGAACCCGUUCGAGGGCUGACGAUUGCUCAACGAAUUGUGUUGACAGCUGCCCCGGGCUACAGCUCGUCGCAUGACGUGACUAUGGCAAUGAAAGUUCUAGCUCAAAUCAUAGCCGAACAAAGGCAGGUGACGGUCGUCGACAUUGCGGAAAUCAACCUGGAAGUACUUGAGAAGCCCAUCUCGGGGGACCGAGAAUAUUUGCAGAGUUUGGAGGAUCUCCACAAAACCCUGAUCCUGUUCCUUUGGCUAAGUUACCGAUUUAUUGGGACGUUCAAGGACAGAGACAUGGCCAUGUAUGCCAAAGAGAUGGUCGAGGACCGAAUCAACACAUGUCUGCGCGAAUUUUCGGCAAAUCCGGAACUUCGCAAGCGUGUACUCGCGUACAAGAAGAGAAUGGACUUUUCCAAGAUCCCGACUCACGGAGCUGUCGCCACGAACCUCGAUUUCCCAGGCAAUCAAGAUUCAGCCCUGCCGCUGGAAUGGACUCGCGGACCCGAGGAAGCUGGAUUUGAAGAGGCUCAAUCUGCACAGGCUUCCGUCACGGCACACGCAUAG